AUAGCUUCCCAGCAGCUUUUUGAAGUCAGCCCUCCGCCUCUGCGCUGCGAUUCCCUCCUAGUCCUGGUGGGGCGCGGGAAGGAGCGGGAACGCCCGAGGCAGGAAGGACGCCCAGCCAGCCAGCCAGUCAGCAGCAUCUCACCUGGCACGGAGCAUCUUCAGCCCAGCCGCGCUCAGUGUCCCAGCGAAGACUCUCGGCGAGCCCUCCAGAAGCAGGAUGUGGAACGAGACCCCGAGCCUGGAGAGCGAGUCCAACUUCAGCCUGGACUACAUGGACGAGUCUUUCAACAGCUCCUGGGUGAACCAGCUUCCCCCCUUCCCCGGAUCUCUGCUCACCGGGGUGACGGUCACCUGCAUCGCUCUCUUUUUCAUUGGCAUCUCGGGCAACCUCAUGACCAUGCUGGUGGUGUCUCGAUUCCGGGACAUGCGGACCACCACCAACCUCUACCUGUCCAGCAUGGCGCUGUCCGACCUGCUGAUCUUCCUCUGCAUGCCCCUGGACCUCUUUCGCCUCUGGCAGUACCGGCCCUGGAACUUCGGGGACUUUCUCUGCAAACUCUUCCAGUUCAUCAGCGAGAGCUGUACCUACUCCACCAUCCUCAACAUCACUGCACUCAGCAUCGAGAGGUACUUCGCCAUCUGCUUUCCCCUCAGGGCUAAGGUUGUCAUCACCAAGGGCAAGGUGAAGCUGGUCAUCCUGGUCAUCUGGGCCGUGUCCUUCUUCAGCGCUGGCCCCAUCUUCGUCCUAGUGGGAGUGGAGCACGAAAAUGGCACCAACCCCAUGGACACCAACGAAUGCAGGCCCACCGAGUUUGCCAUCCAGUCGGGACUGCUUACCAUCAUGGUCUGGAUCUCCAGCAUAUUCUUCUUUCUGCCUGUGUUUUGUCUGACUGUGCUUUACAGCCUCAUUGGGAGAAAACUGUGGAGAAGGAAGAGAGAGGACAUGGGACUGAGUGCUUCUCUCCGGGAUAACAACCACAAACAAACUGUAAAAAUGUUAGCCAUGGUGGUGUUUGCUUUCAUCCUCUGUUGGCUGCCAUUUCAUGUGGGACGCUACUUAUUCUCCAAAUCCUUUGAGCCUGGUUCUUUGGAGAUUGCGGUGAUCAGCCAGUAUUGCAACCUGUUCUCCUUCGUCCUCUUCUACCUCAGCGCAGCCAUCAACCCUAUACUUUACAAUAUCAUGUCCAAGAAAUACCGUGUGGCUGUCCUCAGGCUCUGGGGACUCCGCCAGUUCUCGCAGAGGAAGCUGUCCACUCUGAAAGAUGACAGUUCUCGGGCAUGGACAGAAUUGAGUAUCAAUACAUGAUCAAGAUAGAUUUAUGAGCAAAACAGUAACAACUCUAAUAUGAAAGCCAUAAUGGUAAGAUGUUCAAAGAAAGGUUUGGGAGAAGGUAGGGAGUGACCCUAGAAGAGUUCGUCCUUUUGCCAUCUGAGAUUCAUGGGAAUGGGGAAAAGACUAGGAAAAAAGGUGACGUUUUUGUUGCAUGAAAAAUUUGGCUUGAUUGAACCACUCAUCAGGGCUCUUGUCUAACAUUUCUGCUGUGUGCACUACCUGUGAUUUUCUAUUCACACAUUGGUGUUGAACCAGAGAAAGAAGAAUGAAACCUCCGAAUGGGUCAGAGCAGAGAAAAGCUCUCAUGCUACUUUGUUUUGAGUGGCUAAAUGUGAAAUUAGAUGUGCUUUCUCAUGAUGAUGAAAAAUAUUCAGGGAAAAGGCAUUUUAGUGAUAAAUAUAAAUAUAGGUGUUCAAAACCAAUCAUCUCCAUGUAGUCCUGAAUAUAUGGAAAACACAAAUUUUACCUUGGUUAAAAUGCCUUAUGAUUAACGUUUUAUGGAGCCAUUUUUCAUUACAUAGCCAGCAUACUGUGAUCUGAUAGUCUGUGAUGAAUUCUGUGAAUCAUCUCCCCACUCUCAUUUUUUGGGAAACCUAUUCUUACAUAUGGGAGAAGAGACACUCUGAGCAUUUAAGAUACUUUAUUAUUUUUGUGGUAUUUAAUUAUCUUCACUGAAAGUCAAUCAAUGAAACUGGAAAGCAUUUGCAAAUGCCUUAUUCAGCUUAACAAUCAAACAGAGGCUGUGGGUGAGGUUUGUACAUGGGGACUCAUAAAGCUCCCAAAUGAACCCCAAAGUCAGGAUGCCUCUGAUGAAACUGACCCUGUGGAAAUUCACAAAUGAAUUACACCAUCGAGAUAGAAAUCUCAGAAAAUUAGAGAAGAUUUUUUUUUUAUUUGAAUGAAUACAAAAUCUACUAAAUUCUAAAAAUUAUUGACUUGGGUUUUUCCCAGAUAGUCUCUAUUGGUCUCAAAAUAUCUAUAUCCUUUGUUGCUUUGCUAUGUGAUCUUGGUCAAGUCACUUGACCUGAGUUUCCUCAUCUGUAGCAUGAUGGAGUUGGACCUUUGAGGUCCUUUUCAUCUCUAAGUCUGGGGUCCAAUGGUUGUAUCCCACUGUUUUUAUCUUUCCACAGCCAACAAAAUAUAUAAAACCUGAAACAAAUUUAAAUGGAUUUCUAUUACCCUUCUUUAUGUUUAUAUCUGCGUAUAUUUUCAAAUGUUCCAAGUCGUACCUUUCUAACAACAUUGAGGGGAGGUAGCUAGGUGGCUCAGUAGAUUGAGAGCCUUGCCUAGAGAUGGGAUGAUCCUAGGUUCAAAUUGGACCUUGGACACUUCUUUUCUUAGCUGUGUGACCCUGGGCAAGUCACUAGACCCCCAUUGCCUAGCUCUUAUUGGUCUUCUGCCUUAGAACCAAUAAGCAGUAUUGAUUCUAAGAUGGAAGGUAAGGGCUUAAAAAAAAACAUGCUUUUUGGAGUCUUUAUAUUAUGUGCUGGUCAGUCAAAAAUUAUUUUUUCCCUAAUCCUGAAUGAUGUAUGAGAGAGAGCAUAGAUUAGUGAACAGAGAACUGGCCUUGCGGCCAAGAAGAUUGUGGUCACAUCCCACCUCUGAUACACGUACUGAGUCUGUGACCCUCGGUUAGCUACCUAAUUUUCGCUGCUUUAGGCUUCUCACCUAGACUCUAAGUGGCAGAGAAGAUGCCAAUCUACAUUAGUAAAAGAGUUUGUUCUAGCUCAGUGAAAUCAGUGGUGUGAUCACCAUCCUUUUCCUAAUGCUGUAUGAUAUAAAAACCAUCAUAUACUAUUUGUUCCUCAGGCCAUCAGAUCUGACAGAAUUGGCAGAUCAAUUCCAUAUUUAGAUCCAUCUUCCCAUUGAAAUGACAGAUUGUUCUAUUUACACUUCUGGAUUCACAAGUUGCUUUGGUGUCCUGAAAAUAUCCCAUGAAGGCUACAUCUUUGUAGAGAAUGUUUUAAAAGUCCAGCAUGGAGUUGGGAAGGAACCAUCAGUUAGCUGACAACUAUUUUAAACUUGUAACUUUUGCAAAUUGAAGACUCAGUUAAUUCCUGAGAGUCCAUUAGUCCUUUUAGAACAGAAUUUUGUUACUUGGGAUCUGUGAAUGUUAAAAAAUAUAUAUUACAUAUAUAUGUUGAUAGCUAUAUUUCAAUAUAACUGGUCUACUUUGUAAUUCUUAUAAAUUUAAUUAUGUGCACUUAAAAAUAUGAAUCUGAGGUCCAUUGGCUGAUGGUCUAAGUGCCACUGGAUGGCCAAAGAUGUCCAUGUCACAAAACGAUUAAGAGCACUUGUUUUAGAAAGGUAUAACAAGUCCUCAAGCCAAGUGGAAUCUCAAGUGCCAUGUAGCAUCCUUUGGAUUAAAGCUUAGCUUCCUAAAGUCUGAGCUAUUGAUUCUACAAAGACAAAGAUGCCUUUUCAACAAUUCAUGAUUUGGAAAGCAACAAAUCUGUCACUUAUUGUUUUAUUGGAUUUAAAAGAUUUUCAAAGUAACUGGCCACCUGGCUGAAUAUUAAUAUUUUGGGUGUAUGUUUUGUCCUAUCUUGUCUCAGACUACUUCGUAUGUGUGUGUUGUAUAUACCUGGCCUGUUUUACACACAGGGUACUGAAUUAUUUGCACAGUGAGAUUAUGGGAUUCAACAGAGAUGGUAUUUCAUUAACUGGAAACAGGGAACUGUUUGAAGUUAUUUUGGAGAAUUAAAGACUGAUUUUGGACUGCUUUCGGAUUUAUGGUGGGGGUUUUGUUUAUCUUUUUAGGCUGUUUUGUAAUUUGUCUCUAUCAAAAUCCAUUGUAAAGAGAUUUUUGGAAAGAAUAAAUUUAUACUGGAAAAAA